UGAACUUGCAGCCAGCGCUGAGAGCUGGAGAGGAGGACGCCUGUUACAGAGAGCAGAGCUGCGGUGCGUUUGGGAACCUCUGAGAGGUGUAGGAAAAAAAGUUUUAAGUGAUAAAAGUUAUAAUAACACUAACAACAACCCCUCAAACCAGCUGGAUCUGUGGACUUCUUUUUUCUCUUUCUCUCAUUUAAAGAUUGUGUCGAGAUGAUUGGACACGUCCUCACACACCUGCUGUGCCUGGUGUGUCUGUGUUCAGCUCGUCCUCCAGCUGCUCCACAGACGCCCCCCCAGCCGGAGAAGCCCUCCCCAGUCGUGGGCUCUCUGUCGGGGAGGGUUGUGCUGCCGUGUCACUUCUCCAUCGCCUCCACUCCACCUCCUCUGGGCUUCGCCAGCCCCCCUGAUCAGGUCCGCAUCAAGUGGUCCAAGCUGGACGGGACCCAGGAGAAGGUGGUGCUGGUGACCCAGGACGGGAUGGUGAAGGUGGGCCAGGACUUCCAGGGCCGGGCGUCGGUGCCCACCAGCCCGCUGAUGGAGGGGGACGCCUCCCUGACGCUGGUGGAGCUCCGGGCCAGAGACGCCGGCCUGUACCGCUGUGAGGUGUUACACGGCAUGGAGGACACGCAGGAGCCCGUCAGCCUCCACGUCAACGGUGUGGUCUUCCACUACAGAACCAACAGUGACCGCUACAGCCUGGACUUCCCUAAAGCCGUGGAGAUGUGUCGCGACAUCGACGCCACCAUCGCCACCGCUGAACAGCUGUCGGCUGCUUUCCAGGACGGACUGGACCAAUGUGACGCCGGCUGGCUCGCCGACCAGUCCGUCAGGUAUCCGAUCAACCAGCCGCGUCCCGGCUGCUUUGGAGACCUGUUGAACCGUCGGGGCGUGAGAACGUAUGGCGUCCGCGACCCCACAGAGAAAUACGACGUUUACUGCUACGUAGAUGAACUCCACGGCGAGGUCUUCUACCCCCCGUCCCUCGUGGAUAAACUCACCUGGUCGGAGGCGAAUUUCGAGUGCUUGAAGCAGGGCGCUGUGAUUGCGUCGCCCGGUCAGCUGUUUGCGGCGUGGCGGGCGGGGCUGAACCGCUGUGACUACGGCUGGCUGUCCGACGGCAGCGCCCGCUACCCGGUCACCGUCCCCCGGCCUCAGUGUGGGGGGGGUCUGCUGGGGGUCCGCACGCUUUACAGGCACCAGAACCAGACCGGGUUCCCAGACCAGAACGACAGGCACGGGGUGUUCUGCUUCAAGGCUAAGCUACCAGAGCCGACCACCAUGAGUUCACAGACACCCCCCCCACCACAAAGAGCCGGAGUCCAAACAGGACCAGAACCCUACUCCCCAACAUACCCCCCCUCUCCGGCCUCCACCACCUUAGGAGACUACGACGUUCAAGACUUUAACAUCAAGUUGGAGUCGCAGCCAGUUCGAGGCGACACUUUGGCCCCCAUACAGAUUCCUCCGUUACCCGAACCCGGGAUGAAACCAGAACGCCUCGACAUCUCCCACGGGGAAGAGGAGGGGGGGCAGUCGGGGUCGGGCCGUGGAGACGGAGGGAGCAGCGAUGACGGCAGCUCUAGUGGGGCUGAGACGCCAGAAACGGCAGCGAGUCCUGACCACGUUAUUCCAAAGGGUUUCACACCAGACGGACAACAACCCGCCGUGGUUUUCAAAGAGGAACACACCCCAUCGGUGCUGGACCUCGGGCGCAUUUCGGGCAUCGCAGUGGGUGGAGAGUCAUCAGCCAAACCGCCUUUCCACGUCAUCAUCGUCAACGUGCACAGCCAGAACCAGUCAGUUGAACAGGUCCUGGACAUCUUGAACCAGCCCCUGAUGGGACUGCAGCCUCACAUCCCUCACAUCACUGACCUCAGCCAAAUUAGCAGCGUCGACGCCGACUCCCUCGAGGCCUCCCCCAUCCACCUGACUCCGACGGUCAGCUUCGUCAAUGGAAAACACGAGGUCACGUUCGAAACGAAACAGCCAGAGGAAGUCAGGGGGGACCAGUUUGAGACAGCCACCCCUGUUCGAGUGGACGACAUCCACAUCUCCACAGAUGUCAUUUCCAGUCUGACCUCUGACGGGAGGGAAGGAUCACCACCGUCCUACCCCCAGCACCUCCCACCCGACGACAUGGAGGGAUCUGCAGGCCGGACCACGGACGAUGGUUCUGCAGAAGGAGCUCCGCCCACCCCGGCCUCAGACAGCCAGUCCGGUGUGAGGACCGAUGAGACGGAACUCGGAGGAACAGAGGUUCACGCUUUUACCCCAGAGCCACGAGAAUCCACCACCUCCACGGAGGACUCGGACGGGUCCGGUUCUGGAGAGGAGACCUCGGGGGAAGGCGUUGACCCCGUGGACACCAGCACACCGUCUGUGGAUGAAGACACCGAAGCAGAUGUACGGCAGGUAUCCAGGCAACCUUCUUGGCAGAGAGGAGGCCAAACCACCAAAGAACAAUUUUACAAGCGUCCGACCACAACCUCUGACCAUCCCACCACCAGAUCCACAAUGAGUAUGAGCCACACCACUCUUUCCACCACAACUUCACCUCUUUACACCUUCGACCAAAACACCCACUCAGUCCCCCAGUGGGCUCUGAGCCCAGACCCGGACGCCACCACCCUAACAGACGAGCCCUUUGAAGACUACGACAUCACCCCAGUGCUGGUGGAGUCCCGACCCCAGAGACCCAGGGACUCGAUGGCCACAACGCAGCCAGACACCGACUCAACUCCUGCUGUGGAGGCCGUCACUGUGGACGUCAGAGAUCUCCUGCCGUGCUCAGACAGUGUGUGUUACAACGGAGGCUCCUGCUACGAGAAAGGAGAUGAAAACAUCUGCGUCUGUGCACCUGGAUUCACCGGACGACGCUGUGAGACAGACGUUGACGAGUGCCAGUCGAACCCGUGUAAGAACGGCGCCACCUGUCAGGACGGAGUCAACACCUUCACCUGCCUGUGUCUGCCCAGCUACACCGGACAGCUGUGUGAGCAAGACAUCGAGCUUUGUGGGUCCGGGUGGCAGAAGUUUCAGUCUCACUGCUACAAACACUUCACCCACCGUCGGACCUGGGACGCCGCUGAGAGGGAGUGUCGCCUGCACGGAGCUCACCUGGCCAGCAUCCUGUCGGAUGAGGAGCAGCUCUUCGUCAACCGUCUGGGCAGCGACUACCAGUGGAUCGGCCUGAACGACAAGAUGUUUGAGAGGGACUUCAGAUGGACCGACGGCCGAACGCUGCAAUACGACCACUGGAGGCCCAACCAGCCCGACAGCUUCUUCCAGUCGGGGGAGGACUGUGUGGUGAUGAUCUGGCACGAGGGAGGACAGUGGAACGACGUUCCCUGCAACUACCACCUGACCUUCACCUGCAAAAAGGGAACAGUGGCCUGUGGUCAACCUCCCGCGGUGAAGGACGCUCGAGUGUUUGGGGCCAUGAAGUCUCGCUACGAGAUCAACUCCCUGCUCCGCUACCACUGCAAACAGGGCUUCAUCCAGAGACACGCCCCCACCAUCCGUUGCCGGGCCAACGGGCAGUGGGACACGCCCAAAGUCACCUGCACGAGCCCCGCCACCUACCACAAGGCCCUCACCCUGCGACGCCGCUACAACCAGGACGCUCAGCAGAGCCGACACAGUCACCACCACCUCCGUCAGACCAAGGCUCAGGAGAAACUCCACCGGGACCAGGAGCAACAGAGCAACGGCUUCAACAUCCUCCAGAGCAUCUGGGACCAGGGCCGAGUCCAGCAGCCCCUCAGGGAGAAGAGGCAGCUAGCGGACCCGAUGGGAGGACACUGAACGGGGUUGUUUUUUUUAAUUGUCCCUUUGUUUUUUUUAUGAUUUGCGUUCGGGCCUCUUGGGUCCAGAGCCACUGAUAGACAGAGUGUAGAUACUGAGCUGUCUAUCAGUGGCUCUCAGAAGAACGAGGGAGAUGAUUUUCACCGACGUCCACAAACGCUCCACCAUCUGAACCAGGCAGGAUUUUAGUUUGUAAAGUCGACUCCUUGAUUAAGUCUGUGAGGGUUCAUCCAGGUCACGGUAUUUAUCCAGGAAGGGUUUAAGAAAUGCAACUGGACUCGUAGAGUUUUAUAUGAGAAGAUGUUUUCUGGUUUCUUCUGAGUAGCUUCUCUGAAUGUACUGAGUGAGACAUGUCCACCUACAGCCGUUUCAGCCCCAUUCACACCUUGAGACUGGAGCCUAUGACUGAUUCUGACGUUAAUUUACACCAGUCCAGUCAGUUUCUGAUGGUUUAACCCACAGAGUUUUUAUUUAACCCUCAACUUCCCUCCAGUCCCUUCGAACUGAAGAAGCUGCUCAGAUGAAACAUGAACUUGUCCAGUUGCCUUUUUCAAACGCUUGUUGGAAACUCCUCGAUUAAUUUAGUCUGCCCCCGAUUUACCUGUUUUAGCCAUAGACUGUAUAUAAACAUGGACGCCACGUCUCCACUUCCAUCUCAUGACAAACAGGUUUUUACCCAGAAUGCUAUCGUUCAUAUGCUAGCAUAGCGUGGUCUGCUAACGUUGGUCCAGCAGGAGCCAGGUUCUGUCCUAGUCUGGUCUGACUGGUUCAAUCUUUUUCUACGUUAUAACUGUGAUGAUGCUCGUGAUUCUAUGCAAACUCCAUUUAGGAAACAUAACAACAACAUAAGCACAACCAGAAGUGGAGCAGCUCUGCUGAUCUGACUUGGUCUUCAGGGUCUUUUUUUUAUUUCAGCUACAGUAACGCGUUUUUUACCCUGAUCUGAUUGAAUCGACACUGUUGUUGUUCUUCUUUCUGUAAACUCAGCUUCGACCCGGACGUCUCGGUUUCCUCCUCGUUUCUCCUCGUUAGGGCUCAUUUCUACCGACUUCUCAUCGAGAUGUGUUUGUUUUUGUUGUUUUUCUGUUUUUUUUGUAAAGCUGUUUUCAGGCGGCGUUUUAGAGGGAGGCGUGUAGCACACAGAGGAGGCGUCAGAUUGUUGUGAAUGUGUGGUUGUGUGUGCUGAGACUAUUAAUCAUAGGAGAUAUAAUAUAGAUACUCUAUGAAGCCAUAUGAAUUUAACUUAUUGUAUCAUUAAAACUAUGAAUGGACUGUGAUAUUAAAUAAAGUGAAUUUGUUUAAGGACGACGUCCUCGCUGUCUGCAGGUUCUUGUCAUGUCGUUGGUUUUUAUUUUUUAUUUUUUUGGGUGUUUUGGGACAUUUUUAAGAUGCAUCAUGUUAAGCAGCGUUAGCUUGUUAGCUAGAGAGAGAGAGCUCAACAAACGGUAUCAUAAGAAAACGUCUUCAACAGUUUGAGAACAUGUUAGAGUUGGAGACCAACUUCCUCACACACAGAUAUUUAAUGUUUUUGUAUUUCUUGUAAUUUAUGACCUGUACUGCAACCUGCCACUAGGGGGCGAUAAGAUAGUUUAUUAGCCUAGUAGCUAGAAGAAAUGAAAAUGUUUCUCUUGGGAACAGUCGGAUCUGUUUGGAGGCGGAGCAACAUAAAAUCUUAUUUGUCGAUAUUUUCUUUUACCAGCUAUUGAGGGAAAUAUUUGUCUCUUUAGCCGCUAAAUGCUAACAUGCUAAUCGUGCCAGUGGCAGAUUAACAGCAGAUGAAGAGGAGGAGGAUGAUGAUGGAAUAAAACUGCGUCAACAAAUACAGUCACACAAAUGAGAAAUGUUGAUUCGUUUGGCUCCAAAAAAUGAUGAAAAGUCUCAGAAUGAUCAUUUAAAUAUCAUGAAUGGCGUCAAUCUGCAGAUGCAUUGUUUGUUCCAUCAGAUUAGAUUAUCUGAGUGAUUUGAGUGUUGGAGCUAAUAAAAAGCAGAUUAUGAGGAAACAUUUAGCUGCGAUGAAGACGUUUUCUUGCGUUGGUCUCUCGGCCUCUCGGACUCAAUAUCAACUGCUUCUGAUUAUUAUCACGUUCUCGCUUCAUGUUUCGCUGCAGAUCUGGAAUCUGUUCUUCCAUCCGUGGAAAAGAGGAAAUGUGAAACAAGAACACAGCUUCAACUCACUUCACCAGAUUAUUUUUAUUCGAAUGCUUUUACCUUCUGUUCAUGUUUAUUGUGGAUGUGUUUUUGUUUUUUUACUGUAUCAGUGGCACAUGAGUGUAUUUUUCCUGUAAUCACUGUAAAUCUGUUCAUCCAUCAUGUCACAUUAAUGCAUCAACUAUUGUCUGAGUAGUCGAACUUUUCCCAAUAAAUUCUCUUCAAACACAA